AUGAGACACUCACUACAUUCGCUUAUCGUUCUUCUUCUGAUUAUCGUCUCAGCUGCGGCUUAUUUAGGUCGAUAUUCGAGAAUGGACCUGGAACGUGAAUCUCGAUCGGCUCCUGACUUCGAUGUACAGUAUGCGAAUAACUUCUAUAGAGGCUACGGCUCGGAUUCCCGAUUUGGACCCGGCCCAGAGUUUAACCGCGAUCGUUAUUGGUGA